AAACCAUCUACGCCGCCAUCAAAUAUCCCAGCCAUGGCUACCACCACCAUCACACCUGUUGCCUCGGCUGAAAUAUCAGAACCACCAUCUCUCGAAAACCUUCUACUCGAAAACAGGAAACGAUCAAGAGCCCAAUUCGAAGCCGGCGCAUUGACCGAUGAAUUCGACGCCGGAGCAAGCAAGAAUGCCCUCGCAGCUCGAGUCUUCUCAGAAUACGCCUCGAUAGUGCCAGCGCCCAUUCCGGAACCGAAAUCAAAAUCAAAAGCGCCGCAGAAUGGAUCCUCGACAGCUCUUGUACGGACUGGAAAGGCCAAACCUCCUACAACAACUCCUCAGAAUGGCUCUUCCACAAGUUUGAUUCAUAGGCCAUUACCGCAGAAGAAUCUCCCUGGAUCUAGCAUGGUACGAAAGCAGAAUAUCGUCCAGCAGAAACCAGAAUGGCACGCGCCGUGGAAGUUGAUGCGGGUUAUCUCUGGACAUCUGGGAUGGGUUCGCGCAUUGGCUGUUGAGCCGGAGAACAAGUGGUUUGCGAGUGGAGCUGGGGACCGAACUAUCAAGAUCUGGGAUCUUGCGACAGGAAACUUGAAGCUUACGUUGACGGGACACAUUUCGACUGUGAGAGGUCUUGCAGUUUCGCCUCGACAUCCAUACCUUUUCUCUUGUGGUGAGGAUAAGAUGGUCAAGUGCUGGGAUCUGGAGACGAAUAAGGUUAUCAGACAUUACCAUGGACAUUUGAGUGGAGUGUACACACUGGCUCUUCACCCUACCUUGGACGUGUUGGUUACUGGUGGACGAGAUGGUGUGGCUCGAGUUUGGGAUAUGCGGACGAGAAGCAACAUCCACGUUCUUGCAGGACACAAGGGCACGGUUUCAGAUCUCAAGUGUCAAGAAGCAGAUCCGCAAGUUAUAACUGCUUCGCUCGACUCGACUGUACGGCUGUGGGAUCUGGCAGCAGGGAAGACGAUGGGAGUCUUGACGCAUCACAAGAAGGGUGUUCGAGCAUUGGCUGUGCAUCCAAAGGAGUUCACGUUUGCUACUGGAAGUACGGGCAGCAUCAAGCAAUGGAAGUGUCCCGAGGGAGCAUUCAUGCAGAAUUUCGAUGGACAAAAUUCGAUCAUAAACACUAUGUCUGUUAACGAGGACAAUGUGCUGUUUUCAGGUGGUGACAACGGAUCGAUGAGCUUCUGGGACUGGAAGACUGGCCACAGGUUCCAAGCGCUGGAUACUACUGCUCAACCUGGUUCUCUCGAUGCUGAAGCAGGUCUCAUGAGCUCGACAUUCGACAAGACCGGCCUCCGUUUGAUCUGUGGAGAGGCAGAUAAGACCAUCAAAGUAUGGAAGCAGGACGAAUCAGCAACUCCAGAAACCCAUCCACUAGAGUGGAAGCAAACAUUGGGUAGACAAAAGUUUUAGUGUAAUGAUUUGAGAGUGUGUUUGGGACGCAUUGCGCGGCGAACGGCGUACAAAGGACAUGGUGUUUUCAUUCAAAAGAAUGAAAAAUGUGUAUGAUAUCUAUCUAUUUCUCAUUCAGAGUCUUAAAAUCCAAGAUUCUUGACCUCUGGAUCAUCCUUGAAAGCUUGCUUGACAUCCUCCUCUCCAAUACUCAAUCGGAUCUUCCCCGUACGAUCCGCUCUUCUAGCUUCCAAGCCAAUAAUACCAGCUUCCAUGAGAUCCACAGCUGAAGACCCCAUCGCUAGUAAUCGUGGCGUCUUCUGAGGUUGUUUAGACAGUUGCAUGCCCAUUCCUUUAGUCGAAACGUGAUUAUCCCUCAAUAGGAAUU